CCCGUCCAAUUUUUUUUUUCUUUUGGUGAUUCGCUCCUUUUAUUCAUUUCUCUUUUUGCUUUCCAUAUACUUUUAUUUAUUUAUUUUUUGUCAUUCUUUUUUUUUGAUCAUUAAUUGUAGAUAAUAAAAAAAAAAACGCUCCUUUUCCUCUCGUUCUUCUUCUUCUUCUCUUUCUCUAUAUAUAUAUAAAUAUAUAUGUAUACAUAGAAAUAUAUACAAAUAGAGACACUUUGAUGCUAAAGUAGAUGGUUCCAGUUACCAAGAUUUCUUCGGAUAUUCAACAGUCUUCACUCUCUUGGAAACAAGAUCAAAACUUCGAAUAUUGGGACAGUGAGUUUCUCGAAACUCAAGGUCCUCGACCAAAGAAAACAACUGGUGGCUCUUAUUCAACCCCACUCCAAAAAAUGCCAUCUUCCACUGAUAUUGAAAAACGAUUAGAAUUCUUACAAGAUAUGGAAAAAGCAAAGAAACAAUUGGCUCUUUUUCGACAAGAAAUGAAAGGAUUGGAAACACAAAUGAAUGACAUUUCAGAAAAUUUGCAUGAAUCCAAAAAUCGCGUCUAUGAGAUAGAACAAGAUUUGACAGAAACACAAGAAGAUAAUGUGAAUCUACAAGUUCUUUUGGAAAGAGCAGUUAAAAGCCAAAAAGAAUCUGAUAUUUUUGCUACUCAAGCCAUACGGAAUAUUCACUCUGAUUUAAACAUGGUAGUACGAGAAAACAAUCAACUUCAAGAACGAUUAUCUUCGAUCGAAUAUAUUCAACGGGAACACAAAGGAAAUGUACAUGAUAUGGUGACAAGAAUGCGUGAAUAUGUUUACAUGUUAGAACAAGCCCAAGAUACCAUACAACUCAUGCAAGAAUCAACAACAAAACAAUCAUCUUUACUUGGUCAUGAUAUUGAUGUGAUGUCUGUAUCUAUGCAAGAUCUUAGUCUGGAUUCUCGUCGAACUAGUGAAACGUCAUCUUAUAUUACAGAAGAAGAUGAUAUCGGAAUCUUGGUCCGAAAGGAAUCACAAACAACGGAGCCAUCAUCACCAAAACAACAAUCAACAAUACCUUCAACUUACAUUACUUCACAUCCUCGAAUUGUUCAUAAACGUGCUUCCUUUCCAACUUUUUUGCCUUCACCUGUAUUGACACCUCAAAAAGAUUUUACUUUUCUUCAAUCUCAAACAAUCCAUGCAUCCUCUGACAAUCAGUCACGGCAACAAACUCAAAAAUCAAAAAUAUCAAAAUCACAACAACAAGGUCUUUUACUACUUUUGAACGAUUAGAUUCACUCCAUCCUUAUUUUAUUUAUUUAUUAUUAUUAUUAUCACUAUUUAUUACAAUUAUCUAUAUUACUCAACAUCGUCAUCAUUAUCAUCACUAUUUUUUUUUUGUUUCAAUCUAUCUUCCUCUAUACAUACAAUCCAUCAAUAUAGUUCUGUAUCACCUUUUUUUUUUUUUUUACUAUACCAC